CGCUCCCGCUGUCCGCUUCCUAUUCAAGGUGCGGCAAAGCAACAGGUGCGCAAGGUGACAUCGUCGGCCAUACAAGAACCGCCAUUAAAUUUUUUUUUAACUUACAUUUGGAAAGAACAACUGGACUUUUUCUAACAGAUUUUAACAUACAAGCUUUUUGGUUUUUUUUUUUCCCCAACCCUUCUAUUUAGACCAGUGAGGAAUACUAUUGAGCAGGUGGAGGUUUCCUACCUAGUUUUGUAGUCAGGUCGUCGUCGAAGAGGAAGAAGAGAAAAUGGCCAACUCCGGGUUGCAGAUGUUGGGCUUUGUCCUGUCACUUCUGGGCUUGAUAGGCUUGAUAGUGGGCACAAUUCUGCCCCAGUGGAAGAUGUCGUCCUAUGCCGGGGACAACAUCAUCACAGCAAUAGCCAUGUAUGAAGGCCUUUGGAUGUCCUGUGCUUUCCAAAGCACUGGCCAGAUCCAAUGCAAAGUCUAUGACUCCAUCCUCCAGCUCAACAGUGCACUCCAGGCAACACGCGCCCUCAUGAUUGUGAGCAUUAUCGUCUCGGUGGCCGGCUUGGGUGCGGCCUGCAUGGGGAUGAAAUGCACCAACUGUGGUGGAGAUGACAAAACGCGCAAGUCUCGCAUUGCAAUGACUGGUGGCAUUAUCUUGCUGAUUGGAGGCAAGUUUUUUUUUUCUUCUUCUAUACACACACAAUACAUCACACAUGCUCAACAUUUUUUUAACGGCAUUCUUUGGCUACCCACAGCUUUGUGCUCCAUUAUUGCCUGCUCUUGGUACGCUCAUGACAUCAUCCAAGCUUUCUACGACCCGUUCACGCCAGUCAAUACAAAGUAUGAGUUUGGGUCGGCCAUCUUCAUUGCCUGGGCUGGAGCCUUCUUGAUUGCAAUCGGAGGUGGCAUGCUGGCAGCUUCUUGCCCGAGAGGCAAACCUACACCAAAGUAUCCCAUCUCCAGACCUCCGAGCAGCACCAAGGAGUAUGUUUGAGCAGGAUAAGGAUCCCUUCAAAAAGCAGCAUAAUUCAUCUCGGAAAUAGUCAAGACAAGUUGUACCUGUGUAUUGGUUUAUUCAGGGCAAUUUUGAAAUGUUACUGUAACUUUUUAACCAACACGUUCAAGUUGCUAGCUACUCAAGAAAGUACACCAACUUUGUACUUUCUGAAAAGAUGCGGUCAAAUCUUGUAUUUUAACACUUGAGCGUUCAAGUUUUCAUGAAAUCUAAAGCGCAUUAUCCUAUUGGCCAUGCUUAAAAAUAGAGACCAUGUUAUGCUGUGUACUUUCACUGUUGCUUGGUGUUAGUGAGAGUAAUAUGUAUGCACUGGAUUGAGAACAGAUAUUGGAGGAAACAUUUAAAAUCUUUGACAAUAUUCAAGCCGAAUGCUCAAGUCUUAGCGUCUGGCACCUGAGAAGUGAUUACAAAUUUCCCUUUUUUUGUGCCUUUUAUUUAUAUGAACAAGACAAAUGAUUCAGUACUACAGUUGACUGCUUCAAUCAAGUGCCAGAGUGAAAUGCUUAAUUUACGAGAUUUUUUUUCCCCAGCAAGAUUGCCAAUGUUUUCAGUUUUAUCUGCGUCAGUGAAGGUGUUCAAUAAUUGCUGUGUAUGUUAAUGGCUUAUACUUGUACUCGUUUUUAGUUAUGGAUGUUGCAUUCCAUUUUUAAUGUCUUUUUUUUUAAUUUGUGAUAACGACCAUGUUGUACAUAAACUGGAAAUACAAAUUUAA